AUGGCUGGAGGAAACUGCACUGAGGUGGAAGAGUUUAUUCUUCUAGGAUUCACAGAUCAUGUAACCCUACAGCGUGUUGUCUUUGUGAUAUUUUUACUAAUUUAUAGUAUUACUAUUGUGGGGAAUGUUGGGAUCAUUGUGACUGUGAAAAAUGAUUCUCACCUUCAAACCCCCAUGUAUUUCUUUCUGAGCAACUUAUCCUUUUUAGACCUUUGCUACUCAUCUGUUGUCACCCCCAAAAUGCUGGUGAAUUUCCUGGUAGAGAGGAAAGUCAUCUUGUACACUGGCUGUAUCUUACAACUCUUUUUUUAUGCAGGUUUAGCAACUACUGAAUGCUACCUUCUGGCUGUGAUGGCAUAUGACCGAUAUGUGGCCAUCUGCAACCCAUUGAAAUAUACCACCAUUAUGUCCAAAACUGUCUGCAUUUCAUUAGUGGUACUGUGCUAUAUAGCUGGAUUUCUAAAUUCAUCCAUACAUGUGGGAUUUCGUUUAAAAUUAACCUGCUGUCAUUCCAACCUCAUCAACCAUUUCUUCUGUGAUGGACCUCCUCUGACUCAUCUUUAUUGUUCUGACAUCCAGCUCAAACAAGGAAUGACUGGAGGAAACUGCACUGAGGUGGAAGAGUUUAUUCUUCUAGGAUUCACAGAUCAUGUAACCCUACAGUGUGUGUUCUUUGUGAUAUUUUUACUGAUUUAUGUUAUCACUAUUUUGGGGAAUAUUGGGAUCAUUGUGGUUGUGAAAAAUGAUUCUCACCUUCAAACCCCCAUGUAUUUCCUUCUGAGCAACUUAUCCUUCUUAGACCUUUGCUAUUCAUCUGCUGUCACCCCAAAGAUGCUGAUGAAUUUCCUGGUACAGAAGAAAGUUAUUUCAUACACUGGAUGUUUCUUACAGCAAUACUUUUAUUGCUGUUUUGCAACUACUGAAUGCUACCUUGUGGCUGUGAUGGCAUAUGACCGAUAUGUGGCCAUCUGCAACCCAUUGAAGUAUACCACCGUCAUGUCCAGAAUGGUCUGCAUUCCAUUAGUGGUACUGUGCUAUAUAGCUGGACUUCUGAAUUCAUCCAUACAAGUGGGAUUUCGUUUAAGAUUAACCUGCUGUAAUUCCAACAUUAUCAACCAUUUCUUCUGUGAUGGACCUCCUCUGACUCAUCUUUAUUGUUCUGACAUCCAGCUCGUUCAGAUUCUGCUCUUUGCUUUUGUAGGAUUUAAUGAGGUUGCAACUACAUCCCUAGUGGUAAUCUCCUAUUUCUGUAUCAUUGUCACAGUCCUCCAAAUGCGUUCACUUGAAAGUAUUUACAAAGCAUUCUCUACCUGCUCUUCCCACCUGAUUGUUGUCUUCACUUUCUAUGGGACUCUUCUUUUCAUGUACUUGCGGCCUAGCUCCAGCUAUUCUUUGGAGCAAGACAAGAUCGUAUCUGUCUUUUAUGCUGUGAUCAUUCCUAUGCUCAACCCAAUGAUAUAUAGUUUAAGGAAUAAAGAAGUUAGAAAUGCCAUGAAAAAAACAUUUCAAAGAAUAGCCACUUCCAAGUGA